AUGUGUUUGCUAAUUUUAUCUGCAGAUGGGGGCAAGGGCGGUGAGCAGUGGCUGGACUCUUUGUUACCCAUGAAAGAACCAGCUAGAACUCAUCCAUAUCAUGGGAAGUUCCAGGCAGGAGGGAAAGAAAUGUUGUCUCUGCCAUUUGCCACAUUUGGACUUUUUCCAAGGACAAGUGUCAGAAGCCAUAUUGAGUGUUUGAAGGGAGAGCGCAGACCUGGCCGGCAAGACCAAAGACGUCUUAACAGGAAACUUUCCUUCUCCUCUUCCUGGUUUCCUGCAGUUUUACAGCCGAGCUUUUGA